AUGUUUACUUCCCCCUCCAUCAUCUUUGUGCUCAGCUUCCUCGCUGGCGCCAAUGCGUGUGUACAGUGCCCAGCCACAUUGAAUGUUUGCGGUAGUGCCAAGAAACUAUAUGAUGCCUUCACAAAUGGCCAGUUCACAUAUUGCACUUAUGAUCAUGUCCCGCCCGAAAGUAGCAGCGUGUUCUGUACAUAUCACACUGGUAAUGGCGAGUCGGCAGGAGGAUAUGAAUCUUGUCCGGCUACAGCAACUGUGCAGGAUCACUGCUCAGCGUGAUGCGAAGAGGUAGGGGAGAGAUGCCCAACAGGAGGAGCAAUGUUUGUCUGCAGACAGCCGGGUGUUGGUCAGUAGAUUACCAUAUAUUUCGA